AUGUCUAAUGUUGAAUUUGAUAUUCGGGAAGAUGAAGAGCAAGCAGUUAAGAUGCAAGAUACUAUUGACCUUCUGCUGGCUGCCGGAUAUUUCAGGGCACGAAUCAAAGCAAUUCCACCUUUCGAUCGCGUUAUCGGCGGAAUAGUGUGGUGCAUAACCAUGUGCAAUACAACUGUUGACGUGGAUCUAAUAUAUUCGGAGAGUUCUUCAAUUAAACAAAAAAUUGCACUUACGGAAAAGGUUGUAGAAGUAUUACCACAACUAAAAUGUCCACACUCAAUAGAGCCACAUCAGAUACAGGGACUCGAUUUUAUCAAUAUUUAUCCCGUUGUUCAAGUAGCUCUGGAUUAUUUUUGGUGGCUAGUGAAACGGGCUCUUGAAGCAAGAGAGAGACAGGAGGACUCUAUCAAAGCUUUUGCAGUACAUUAUUUCAAUGAGAACUGCGGUCAUUUGAAGAACACUGAUGAAUUGGCAAAAAAAAGGAAAUUUGAUGAGGGUUAUCGUAAAAUGAAAUCGUUAUCUUCUCCUCAACGUAUCUACCGCAGGCCUAAAAGCUUUUCUUGUAAUACGUUAUAUGAAGAUGUACAAUGCACACUUAUGGAAUAUGGUUGGAAACCUUUUAUGCAAGCUAGGGCAAGCGGUGACGCAAAAACGCCUAAAAACGAAGCAAGUGAUGAGAAUGUUGAAGACGAAAUUUCUGUGCGUUUAAAAGAUGAGUUGUUGAAAGGAGAUGGACCAUUGCAGAAGCAUAGAGUACCUUCAAGGAAAAUAGCUAAACUACUUGAUGCCAGCGGCUUGCAAGAGGCUGCUGAGUCUGUCGAUAAGAUUUUAAAAGCACCAUUAUCUGAAGAAGGGGUAGCAGUUAACCAGCUGGAGAGGGCACAAAACCAGUUGCACCAGUUAGAAGAAGAAGAACGAGUUCUGGACGAUGCUUUGGCCAAAGUGGAAGCAGACAAUGUUUCUCUUGAUAAAGAAAUUAACCUCUGCGAAGAACGUUUAGAAGGAUUCAGCAUUAAAAAAAAAGAAUUUGAAGAGAGUCAAGUAACAAGAUACCAGAGUUUAAUAGACGCCUAUGACGAGAUUAGAAGUCAAGAAGCGCGGUUUAAAGCAGACUGCAAACGCGAACUACAGAAAAUGGACGAGGAGCUGUCGCGUUUGCACGAUGAAGUCAGGAGUGGCCAUGCAAAAAAUACUGAUGAGCGGAGGAAAGAGCUUGAGAGCAUGUUGAGUCAACUAAAUCAAGUUAGGAGUGAAGAUGUUGCACUAAAUAGAGAAAUAGCGGUGGCACAGAGACAGGUUGAUUCAGUUCCAUCACAGAUUGAGAUUAGUCAAUAUCAAAGGCGAAUAAUGGAACUGUUCAAUCAAAUGGCUGUAAUGAACUGUGAAAUAAAACAGCUCUAUAACCUUCACAACACAUUAUUAGAUGUGGUGUCUUUCAAGAAGAAAGAGAUAGAUUUGAUGAAUAAUAUCGAGGAUGUGCAGGAGACGGCUAUGAGGGAAAGUUACAAACAGUCAUUCUUGGAAAAUUUGCAAAAGAUUUUAAGAAGCGUUCAAACUAUGUGUGAUAAAUUACAGAUUACUUCAAAAAAAGAUGAACGAGAAGCCUUGAGGGAUCGACAGCAGGAAGCUUACCAGUCUUUGCUUGAAAAGGAACGCAUCUAUUACAAAACUAUUGAAGAUUUCAAAGAAGUAUCUUUUAUUUUGAUUUUCAGUAGUAAGUUAAAAGUACGCUUUAUCUGCGUUGUUUCGGGUAGAAUGUCAAAGCAUGAUAUAUUAAUUUUUAUUGAAAAUAUUGUUACUGAUAUUUCUCAAGGCAUUACUUGGAAGUAUUGUCAGUGA